AUGUGGAGGGGGGUCCAGGCUGUCUCUCCAGUGCCCUCAGUCCCUGACCGUGUCCAGGCUCUGGUGGGGUCCUGCGUGGUGAUUCCCUGCUCUUUCGCUCCUCUGGCUCCUCAUCCUCUCAGGGGGAGGAAGGAGAGGGUGGAUGUCCGACUGAGGUUCAGAGGCGGUGGCCAUUUAUUUUCUCUGCGGAGCACUGCUUUCAACAGCGAGGACCAGAGUCAAGUGAGCAGGGAUUUCCAAGGCCGCACAUUACUCUUUGGGCGAAUCACAGAGGGAGACUGCUCGGUGAAGAUAGAGAGAAUCAGCCUGGAUGACUCACGCAUGUUCGAGUUGGCUCUGAAGAAAGGCGAUGACUUACUCUGGGGAAAAUCAAGCAGCUUCAAUUUGGAUGUAGUUGAGACUCUCGAGGCUCCUGUCAUCAGCGGGAUGUUGGCAGCCACUGAAGGACAGCUGGUCACCCUGAACUGCUCCGUCAGCUAUCACUGCCCCUCCAGACCUCCAAGCCUGCACUGGAGCUGGGAGAGAGGAGCCCAGCUGAACAGCACCAUACCUGGGGAGGUACUGACACUCCGUCCGGAGCCCCACAGGUUGAUGUUACUGGCCCAGCUGUCAUUUACUGUGUCACACCAGGUGAAGCCCAGGCUCAGAUGCAAGGUCACCUACCCUGGAGGCAAAUCAAUGGCCACUUCUAAAGAUCUACACGUAACAUUUCCUCCAAAAGAGGUGAAGGUGCAGGUCCAGUCCUUGACAGUGCACGAGGGGGGUAAUGCACUGCUGGUUUGCUCAUGUAAAGCUGAUCCUCCAGUGUCAGAGUACCACUGGUCCUACACUCAACAUGGCCGUACGGUGCACCUCCACCAGCGCACACACUCAGUCCGGGUGUACAACGUGACUCGAGACAUGAGGGUCCGCUGCUCCGCUCACAACCUGAUUGGUCGAGGAGAGUCCCGGCCUACGUCAUUGAACAUACGAUAUAAACCAGACAUCGUCCGACUCUCCUCCACCUGUGUCAUUGAGGAGUUUGAGGUGCUGUGUCGGUGUACGGUCACCUCCAACCCCAAACCUGCGGUCACCUGGAGCGUUAACGGGACGGUUCCCCCUCGUGAUUACAACGUGUCUGUGACAUCAGAGCCUCAAGUGCUAACAGCCACUCUGAGGGGUCACAUGGACAAACCCCUGACAGUCAUCUGCUUUGCUUUCAACGCUCUGGGGAACGACUCCCUGGUUUUGCUGCAGGGAGGAGAAGUGACAGCAGCUUUGUGGUGGUUGGUGAUUCCUGCUGUGUCCAUCUGCUCGCUCAUAGUCCUCCUGUCUCUUAUUUUCUGCUGCUGCCGGAGGAGAGCUGGAAAAGAGGUCCUGAGAAGAGGUCCAGCUGUUUACCCUGAAGGACUGGGGAUCUAUCAGGACAGGACACCUCUCUAUAUUAACUGCACAGAAGUGACUCACAUCUACAACAACGGCAGCUACCAACUUGUUUACCAGAACUGCACGCCUCUUUUUGUCCAUUCCAACCAGAUGCGUCCAAUGGGCAGAAGAGGAGGAGAGAGAAGAAGAAGGGGAGAGGGAGCAGGUGCGGACAGACAAGUCGCUCUGGGAGUCAGAGGCACAAGAGACGUGGCCGAGGCAGAAACUGCUAUUUACCUGGAGAUACUUUGAGUUACAUUAUCAAACUGUUACAUUUUACUUCUGAUUCUUUCUAAUGGGAAUGUUUAUAGCCGUCACGUCGUUGUUUAUAGACUGCAUGCAAAUGUCAACAGCAUUUUAAAAUCAUGCAGUGUGAUCUAUUUCUAUAAUCUCCAUAUUGAACCACUGAUUGUUGGC